UGUGCUUCCCAGCUGGCUUUUCGCUGUUAAGCUACCACCUCUCAUCCUUUGACUUUAUCUCUCGCUAACCUAUACGUAAACACUAAUUCAUCCAAAAAAAAGUAGAUUAUCUCUUUAGAUUAUUAACGGUUCCGAUUUGGGAUCUGUUGAAUGGGUGUAUCAUUCUCCUGUCCGUUCGCAGAGCAAGACGACGUGGAAGCUGCUCUAGACUCUGUCACGGUUAAGUCUAUAAGCUUUGGUGAUGACGACGAGUGCAAAACUCCCAAGAGAUCUGUCAAUUUCAAUGACGGAACUCUAGAGCCUACGAUUUUGAAAUCUAUGGGAUCUGGUAAAAUGGUUGUUGAGAAAUCUGUUAGCUUGAAAGGGAUGCAGCUAGAGAGAAUGAUCUCACUUAACAGGUCUGUCUUCAAAGAAGAUUAUUCUAAAGACAAUGGCUUUGAAAUUGCUAAAGACUUCUCAGUUCUUGAUCCGAGGAAUCCGAAACACGAAGCUGCUAUUAAAUUGCAGAAGGUUUAUAAGAGCUUUCGUACUAGACGAAAGCUCGCUGAUUGCGCUGUGCUUGUUGAGCAGAGCUGGUGGAAACUUUUGGAUUUUGCUGAGCUGAAAAGAAGUUCUAUAUCUUUCUUUGAUAUUGAGAAACAUGAAACCGCGAUUUCAAGGUGGUCUAGAGCUAGGACUAGAGCAGCUAAGGUUGGUAAAGGAUUGUCAAAGAAUGGAAAAGCUCAAAAGCUUGCUUUACAACACUGGCUUGAAGCGAUUGACCCGAGACAUCGCUACGGACACAACCUGCACUUUUACUACAACAAAUGGCUCCAUUGUCAGAGUAGAGAACCUUUCUUCUACUGGCUUGAUAUAGGCGAGGGGAAAGAAGUAAAUCUUGUGGAUAAAUGUCCGCGAUCGAAACUACAACAACAGUGCAUCAAAUACCUUGGUCCGAUGGAAAGAAAAGCUUAUGAGGUGGUUGUGGAAGACGGCAAAUUCUUCUACAAGCAUAGCGGAGAGAUUCUUCAAACUUCUGAUAUGGAAGAUAGUGAAUCCAAAUGGAUUUUUGUGCUCAGCACAUCGAAAGUGUUAUAUGUUGGGAAGAAGAAGAAGGGUACGUUUCAACAUUCAAGCUUCUUAGCUGGAGGAGCUACAGUUGCUGCAGGAAGAUUAGUUGUUGAGAAUGGUGUUCUUAAGGCUGUUUGGCCACAUAGUGGACAUUAUCAACCUACAGAAGAGAAUUUCAUGGACUUUCUUUCUUUCCUCCGAGAGAACAAUGUCGAUAUCACCGAUGUAAAGAUGAGUCCUACAGAUGAAGAUGAAUUCUCUAUUUACAAACAGAGAAGCACUCAUAUGAGAAACCAUUCUUUGGAAGAGGAUUUGGAAGCUGAGAGGACCAUUUCCUUUCAAGAAAAGGUUGAUCCAAGUGGAGAAGAACAAACUCUGGCGAGAAAUGAGUCCAUUUCAAGAAAGCAUAGCGAUCUGGAGACACCGGAAAAGAUGGAAUCUUCUAGCACAUUUGGUGAUGAAAUCCAAUCCGCGGGAUCAAAGUCUACAAAAGUAUCUGAAGACUACGAUUCGGGUGACGAUGAAGAGGAAGAAGAAGAGAUGUUUGACUUAGAACAAGAAUCAAUGCCUUCAGAGCAAAGCUCACCCAGAGGAGAAGAAAAAGAAGGAGAAACCAAGGAGAGUGAAGUAGUGAAGAUAACAGAAGAAUCAAUCCUAAAAAGGAUCAAUUCAAAGAAGGAAACUAAAUCUUUCCAACUUGGGAAGCAACUAUCAUGCAAAUGGACAACAGGUGCAGGACCAAGAAUCGGUUGUGUAAGAGAUUAUCCAUCAGAGCUUCAGUUUCAAGCACUCGAACAAGUGAACUUGUCUCCGAGAAGUGCUUCUGUUUCAAGACUCUGUUUCUCAUCUUCAAUGCAAACGCAAACGCCUCAAAUGUCACCGUUAUGGCGAGGAAUGUCACUACCUGCAGAUAUUACACUCACAAAUUCAUAACAGAUUCACAUUCAUAAGUUCUUUUUCGAUCUGAUCUAUUCUUUUUGCGUGAAUAGAGAAGAUGAUGACUUAGAAAAUUCUUUUGUAUUCUUUUUCCCCUUUUUCUACUGUAACAGAGCAGCAUUUCAUUUGUUUAUUUGGUUUCUUGUUUAACAAGAAAUUACAAAAGUAAAA